UUUGCCUGGUUACAGUUCUCAACCUAUCGAUCAGCUAGAACAGAUCCUACGUCUAUUAAUACUAGGAACGACUGUGCCCGCUUCAAGUAAUUUAUACUCAGUGGACUUGAUAUCAUCAUUCAUCGUUUGUUGAUAACCGCUUUCCAGUAUUCAGGAUAAAUUAGAUUUUUGUUUUGAACAAUUUAUUUAAGUUUGUAUUUUAUCUUAUAGUAAUAAGUUUGAGUCUGUUCAAGUUGAGAAGGUUUAACAGGGACCGGGGGCCUUGGGGAGGAGUAAUACAUCAGAAAGGACAACGACUUGAUUCGUCGAGGAAGUGGCUUUAACAACUAUUCAUGAGGAUUUGAGAUUGAAAACUGUGGAGAAAGGAUUUCGCGUUUCUGUUCGCAGAUACAGGUGCAGAUUGAGAAUUAUUCACCUGAUAUUGUGAAAGAAGAAACUGCAAAAUUAUUUGUGAAUAUAAUCUACAAAAGGACAAAAAUUAUCCAACUUUGUAUAAUCAUUCAGAAUGUUGACUUUAAAAAUGUUUUCGAUUACGGUAGUAUUUGCCGUGGUCAUGUUAAAACUAACAGUAGCAGGAAACUGUGGUGGUGUUCAGAAUAAAUAUGUCUGUCAUCCAUCGAAUCCAACAAUUUUUCAGAUCUGCAUUGGGGACCAAAUGUACACUAUGCGAUGUCCUGGAGGACUUCAUUUUAAUUCCAGAACUCAAACCUGUGACUGGCCGAAAAACGCCUUUUGUGGAGAACUACGCCAGCCCAAGAAGUCAGUCGGACAACCCAAGCAGAAAACACGAAAUCCUUACUUGCCACCAUUUCAAUCCAAAUCCAAAUCUAACACCAAUUCUGUAACUAGAAGAUCGCGGGUAAAAUCAGGAAUUAAUUCCGUCGCCGCGGCGAGAGGACCAAGAUAUAAUGCUCGAAAUCAGGUCUUCGAGAAAGCCACCCGUACGAAAAUCCACAGAAAGAAAAGUCGGAGUGGGUACACGAAAUCAAGGUUACGAGUACGGCCAACAGCCAGUGAUAUGAGAAAUAACAGAAUGGCAACAAAGAGUUACACAAAACAACCUAAGAGUAAAUGGAAUUUAGUACACCACCCAUGGUGGGCUGCUAAAUCACCAGCUACCAGACCGUCUCACCUCUCAACAAUAGCAGGACCCGCCCAACCGACCCAGCUACCACAACAACGUAUUGUGUUGAACGAAGCUCCUGUCAGGCCAGGCCAUGAUUCUUCAAGAUAUACUCCUAGAAAGCCAGACCUGCGCUACGCCCCCAGAGCACCCAACUCGGCCGCAAACCGCCAGCCACCUAAGCCCCCGGUCCCUUCAACUACAGUUAGUUCACGAACAACUAAAUAUAAGCCGAGAAAAACAGGAAAAUGUGACCCAACCACGUGCCAACUGCCAGAUUGCCGAUGUGUUGGUACCGAUAUUCCUGGUAAUAUGUCCAUGUCUGAAACUCCUAUGAUGGUGAUGCUUACAUUUGAUGAUAGCGUUAAUAUUGGUAACAACGACUACUAUCUAAAACUAUUCAAUGAUAAAUUGAGGAAUCCCAACGAUUGUCCUCACAGAGGAACCUUUUUUGUAUCCGGUGACGCAACGCAAUACCACUACGUUCGAGAUCUGUACAAGAAGGGUAACGAGAUCGCAUCCCAUAGUAUCUCCCACAGAUCACCAACAACGUGGUGGGCUCAUGCCGGUUAUGACGGCUACGUCAAGGAGAUUGAGGGAAUGAGCAAACGGUUGGCUAGAGAGGGUAAACUACCGAGAGAUGAUAUCAAGGGAAUGAGGGUCCCUUUCCUGCAAGUUGGUGGUGAUAGUCAAUAUCAAAUGUUAGAAGACUAUGGGUAUUUGUGGGAUUCUUCCAUGGUCACCGGACACUUAUUCAAAAAUUUGAAACCUUCUGUCUGGCCUUUUACUUUAGAUUAUGCUCCAAAUUCUGAAACCUGUAGUCUUACGCCUUGUCCAACCAAAUCAUACCCAGGUUUGUGGGAAGUACCUUUAGUACGAUGGUACGGCAAUAACAAGAUGGCCUGUGCUAUGCCCGAUGGAUGCACCAUCGGUCCAGGACGAAAGGGGACAUUGCAAUAUUUGAUGGACAACUUCAACAGACAGUAUAAAUCUAACAAAGCCCCUCUCGGGAUCUUCCUCCAUGCUUCUUGGUUCCGACGAAAGUCUGGAAAUCUUGAAGGUAUGCUCGACUUCUUGGAACAGCUCACUCAUAUGCCAGAUGUCUACGUUCUCACAGUGAGCCAGGUUAUAGACUGGAUUCAACACCCCAAGCCCCUAGAUCGCGUAUCAGAACUUAAGUCGUGGAAAUGCUAAAGUAGUUGAAAAAAAAACUUUACUAACUUUUUACUAAACGGGUUUUCAUUAGAACUAUAAAUAUAUUUUUGAUUUGUAAUAUUCUUGGAUCAAAAUUAGUAAAUGGAAAUGUUUUCCGUUUUAUUGUAAACCAAUGUUUGAACAGUUGCAAAUGAACUUAGGUUACAAGGUAUGAAAACAGCGCCGAUACCUUUCGGUUGGACUUCAGUGAAAGAUACGAGAGGUACAAGCUUAUUCCUGAAAAUGAAUCCGGUCAUGCAACAUCUGAAGACUCGCUGCCCAUAAAAAAGGACCAGUCAGAAGAGGCUGUCUUAAAAUGAGGGAUGCUGUCGAGAAGAUAUGGGAUGAAGACGAAGAUGAAAUCGUCAACAACAAGAAGAAGAUUUGUGAUAUAUAUAGUGUUUUGUUUUAAAUAUUUAUCCGUGUGCUUUUUAUUUCAGAUAUAUUUGUUUUCGUGUGCCGUGUAACUUUUUAUAUCAAUGUGUAUAUAGAAGUAAAUAUCGAGAAUUGUGCUUAGAAUAACUGCACGUCUCCCUCGUGGCUGUCGUAGUUCUGUUCAAUCAAGCUGUAUUUUAUAUUCAUGUGGUAUAUGCGUGUGACAUUGUUAAUUACACAGAUAUGUCCUUAGACUAUUUGUAAUGUCGUAAACGGGGCGUAGAUCGCUAAAGGUUUAUGGAAAGACCACAUGAGCUGAUUGGUACCGGUAAAGAAUUACACUCGCUGAAGAAGAAGAAGCCUCUACAAGCAGAAUGGGCCUUUUAUCCGAGAAGAACGUGUAGUUCCGGACGGCUACAGCCGUUUAUGACCCAUUCUACAUAAUGCAUGCUUUACUUAUAUUAUAUUAUAUUAUAAUUCGAGUUAAAAAUGAGUUAAUAAUAACUAACGUUGCAUGACUCUAGGAAAUGGUGUUAAAAUAAUUUGGAAAUAUCAGAUAUUCGGCGCUAAAGCUUUUGCACAUUAAUCAGUGUUAUUAUCUCUUGAGUGACAUUUUUUUUGUAGUAUAUUUUGAUAUGCAAUGUUGUACAACUCCAUUUUAGGGGGCAUAAUUUCCAUAUGAUAUUGGCUGUCAUUGUUUGCUAAGAUGUUGUCAAUGUCCCAUUAAAAAAUAAAAAAAUAAUAUCUUGAAUCCUUUCACAAAAAUCAGCUAAUGUGCAAAAACGUUUUGUAUUCUCGACUUCAUUUAUUUAUUUUAUACUUCUGUUUGCUUUCCGUUUUUUGAAUCUGAUAUUUCUUAACUAUUCUCUAUUUGGAUUGUUAGUUUAAGUACUAGAAAAAGGUUUUAUGGUGAUAUCCGUAGGUUUUUCCUAACUAAAUAUUAACCGCAUGUACAUGAAUGAUUUGACGCCAAAAGGGCUGAGUAGUAUAUAGGUCGUAAUAGGCCUGUUAGAAGUGAUGUUAGAUUAUUCGACCUACGUAUCACCAUUUCAAGAAAGCACUGGAAUUUAAGGAUGUGAUCAAUAGGGUAUAAAAUGUUGCAAUGAGCUCAAAAUAACGGACCACAAUCCUGAACUUUGAAACGCCCAUAAUGGAUUCUCUUUGAGAAAUAGACUCCAAUUUGGUCUUUUCCGAGUUCGGUGAUUUGUGUCUGAAGUUUUUGUCGGGAUUGUGUCCUCGUUGAAUCCGAAUGAAUUCCGAUGCUUUCUCGAACUUGAACCGAAAUCGAAUGUUUGCAUCAGAGUUGGAGAAACUAUGUGGUAGAAAUAUGGGCUUUUGGGCACUUGAAUUGUUAAUAUAGGCUCUUGAGUUGCGCACGCUCUAUUGAUAUGGUAAAACGCACACACACACACACACACAUCUAUAUACAUAUAUAUAAUAUCGAUAGUAUUAAGCAUCUUACUGCCACAUUUAAAAAUGCGCAGGUUGUAUGAAAUAUAUAUUUUUUGCGCUGGAGAAUGUUGAAAUAAUUGAAUUAUGUCUGUCGGUUUAGGGUGUAGUCUAAUACAGCCAGACAGAAUAGGGAAUGUUUUUGACUGAUUAGUGCAUGGUGAUUUGGACUUGAUGGUCGAGGAUUGGUAACUUGGUGAUCGGAAUCAAAUUUAAAAUUUGAAUAUUUUUAAAAAAAUAUUUCAGUUUCAAGAUAACAUUGCUGUUUAUUUUUUUUUGUGGAUUUAUUUUUAUGUAAAUUCUUUUUAAUUAAGCAAAUUAACGAAUUAUUAGUUUUGAAUUCUUAUCCUACUAUCAAUUUUGAUCUCCAUGUUUUAAAUGUAAGUUUUCUAUAUAAUAGUGGAACUUUUUUUUGCAUUUUUAAUUAUGUAUUAUAUGUGAACUUCCGUUUUAAAGGUGAGUAAAGAAUUAUUUUAGCAGUCUAUGUUGGCUUGAUUUAAGAAUGGCUUGUAUAGAAUAUAACUUUUGGAAUGUAGGUUUUAAAUCAUUAAGCAUGGUCCUAGCGUAGUUUUAGAAUUUUAAAUUUUAACAGCCAAUACAGUUUACAAAGACAGGUUCCGGCGUAGCUUUAGAUUUUUAAAAUUUCAACAGACACUAUAAAUAGCAAAGGUAGGUUCCAGCGUAGUUUUAGAACUUUUCAAUUUCAACAGUCACUACAGAUUACAAUGGUAGGUUGUUAAACAUAAAGAAAAGUUAAGUUUUCUAAAGGUAAGUGAAAUUUUUUUUUAGUGUUUUCUCCCAUAUAAUUGUUAAUUCAAGAAUGUUUUUAGAUUAUAUAAAAGUCAUUUAGGAUUAGACCAAAAAAUGUUUUAAAUAGAAAUUUUAUUAGAUGUAUACUCUGGGGACGGUAAGUUGAACUUUAAUAAUUUGUAGUAGUUGUCGUAUAGGUCCUGUGUACACAUUGGCGUGCACGUAAAAGAUGCCCUGGCAGAUGGAAUUCGUUAUAAGAGUAGGCCGUGGUGCCGCUGUCCGUGUAAAAUUUUCCUUAUCACACACUGUAUGGCGUAUGUCCAUCUUCAUUAGCAAAGUCGGAGCUGAGCAGUAUGACGUUAAACCCCAUUUCAUUUCUUUUCCGGUUAGGUCAUGAGUUACUUCCCUUUUCUGCGAAUCAGUUGAGGGAUUUUGUUGUGCUUGAGGACCAAACCAGGGCAUGUUAAUCAGUUAUAAGUGUGUGGGCGUGGUUCAUCAUUAUUUUCAUUAAAGAUAUGACUUUGAAAUCAAAGAUCAUUUCCAUACUCCGAAACUUCUUCUUAUGAACCAGAAAAAAAAAUACAUAUUUUACAAUUGUUGAGUAGUUAAUUUGAAGUCCUGUUAUUGUUGUAGUAUACUAUCGUUUUGCAAUUAUUAUUGUGUUCGCGCAUGUAAAUCACUGACGCAUACCGCCCGUGUGUCCCUUAGCUAGAUCGUGGAUUAGUUGGUAGUAGAUAAAAUCUUUCUGACGCAGAAUAAAUACCUUUAAUUUGAAGUCCCCUUAUUGUUGUAGAACAUUAUCGUAUUCCUUGCCCGGUAAGUACUUUAUUAUUUGAGAGCAAUCAUUAUCCUAAAGCAUAUUCAGAUAAAAUGCAGCGUCAUGGCUGAUGAAAAGAAGAUGAUUUCUAUAAAAGGUACGGUAGGUUGUGGCGUAUUUGCCACGUCUGUACUUGCUGGUGUUAUUUUCUGUGGGAUAAAAAUUGCAUAAUAAAGAAUAUGAAACUGAAAUUUGUUACAAGCAACCACCAGUGCCGUGCAGAGGUUGGGGAAUCAUGAGACCAACCCAUUGAUUGUAUCCCCCCAUCCCCAUUACACUAGUAAUAUAUCUCUUAUUUUUACGCAUUCUUCACGCGCCCAAUAGAGUUAAUUUACAUGGUAUUUAUCACGCGUUUAUGUGUUUUAAAACCCCACUAACCAUUAUACAGGUAAUGGCAAUGAUAUUUUAUUUUAAUGAACACAAAAGGAUAUCAAGACGAUUCAAAACAAAAAAUUGGCAGCAUAGUUCUAUGAUCCUAAAGUAUUCGGAUGACUUGGUCAGAUCUUCAGUUUUCAUUUAGCCGCCCCUCCCGCAUUCUUGGACAUCUAUCCGGUGUUUCGAGAAUGAUUUACCCAACACCCACCCCUAUCCCUUACGUUAUUGAUAUCUGCACAGAACAUAAUACUAGUGACUACUCAAUAUGUAUAUACUGUAUAUAAUAUAUUCUGUAUCAAAUAUAUAACAUAUAAUAUAUAUCGUGUAUAGAGAUAUACUGUCCAUUAAUAAGCUGUGUGUUAUACAUACAUAAUGUAUUAAAUGCAAAGUGUAUUGAACAUACUGUGUACAUGUAUAUGAUACGCUGUGCAAACAAAACAAUGUUUCUGGCUCUUAUAAGAAACGCUGCGCAUAAGAUGUAAGGUGUAUAAUAACAUAUACACACUAUACACUAUGCGUACCACAUUAUGUUUAUGAUACACCGUGUAUACUAGCCUGACAUAAUGGAUUUGUUAUACACCGGUAUAUGAAAUACAAUGGUGUAUUAGACACUCGGUGUAUGAGAUAUACUGGAUAUAUGAUACAAUACAUACCAUUUAUAAAUAUAAGAUACACGGCGUAUGAGAUAUGCUCGAUAUAUGAUACAAUACAAUCCAUGCCGUGUAAGAUACACAUUGUAUGAAAUAUAUUGAAUAUAAGAUACACGGUGUUUGAGAUAUACUGGAUAUAUGAUACACAGUGUAUGAGAUACGCGGUGUACGAUAUAAAAUGCCGUGUAUAGAUAUAAGGUAAGUCAUUGGUUGAUAAACACAUGGAUGAGCCAUUUUUUCGAGGUAGAGUAGAUGUUUAAAAUAUAUUAUUUAAUUUAGUAUAUAGUGUGAUCAAAGUUGAUAGUAGGAAGUUUUAAAAUGUAACCACCCUCUAACCUAAAUAAUUUAUGUAUUGUUUGCUUUGUAGGUGCUGUUAUGGAACUUGAUUAAUUUUAAACUUUUAUUUUUAAAGCGACUCCAUUACCAACGCCUCACUAUAAUAGUUAAUUUAACACAAGGGGAAGGAGUAAUUCAAGGAUUAUAAGAGUCAACACAAUUCAGCUGUUUAGUGAAAUAAAAGUUAAGCGUGACUAGUUAAGAACGAAAAAAAAUAUAUUUAUAAACAUCUGAGCGCCGUAAUUAUUACAUUAGUUAAUAAAUGUUUUGAAUUUUAUUAUAAAAUUGUGGAAAAUAUUAAGUACCUAAUACAACUUAUUUAUAAUUUGAAUAAAAUACAAAGAGCCCAAAACAUGGGAAUAACGAUUUGCCACAUCAACAGUUUCCCAAAAGUCCACGUUGAGGUUUCACAUAGCCGACUGUCUCUACCCUUUCAGUGCUUCAGAUGGUAAUAUGUAAAUAAUUUGUACAAACAAAAAUAAAGUCUGACAAUACGGACUUCUAUUAUGUUAGGGUUUAUUUCUAAGUAAUUGAAAAAGUUUCUGUUAGUCAAUGGUACUCUUCAUUUCUCUCGCUGUCUCUCACUUUCUGUUUUUUCUCUCUUUUUUUGUCUAACAAAAUUUAAUGAGUGUUCUGAACGUGUUCUGUGUAUUUUUAAUGUAGACUUUUUAAAUCAAAUAUUAUCAUGCGUGGUUUGUUUUAAAAAUAUUUAUAUUGUGUAGAUAUGUUCAUAAAUAGCCUUUUAUUAUUUUAACUGAUUAAAGGCCAGUGUGUAAUAAAUAACCGCGUUAGCUAUAAUGCUAUAUAAUAAUAUAAAGCAAAUCGUUAAUCGUUGUCACCUAUGUGAGCCUGCUUGUCAUUCGUUUUUUUCAAUCUUACACAUGUUUGAUUACUCAUUGGAGCUUGGUUUAAUUCCCAAGCAAAUUUAUGUCGUACACGCCAUUGCAUCUCAACGAGUAACAUCGAUGCAAAGAUAUUGUUAAUCAAACUUUCUCUUUUAGUUUUCUGCAGAAUUUAAAGAACUGACCAACGUGUGUUCUUUGAAUAAAGAAGAAGGAAAAUUAGGAAAACACUAAACAUCGAAUUAUAAUCGCAAAGUUAUUUAUUUUGCCAUUAAAGGAAUGAAAAAAUAAAUUGUAAAUAUUAUUGUAUUAUAUUUAUUGUACAUUAUUAUCAACCAAAUAUACAUAUUUGAAAAUUUU